GCCCCCGCCUUUCACGACAGCGCCGCGCUUUACGGCUCCUCUCCCCCGCCCCAUACACGUCUUUGCCUCCAUUUUACGCCUUUGCCCCCAUUUUACGGCGCGCGAACCUGAGGCCCAGAGGAGUCUAGUGGUUUGGGCGAGGUCGGGUGACUUUUAAAGCCCGUCUCCGCUGGCCGCCAGGGGCGCCGCCCUACAUUGUUCCAUCUCCCGCCUCCGCGCCUUUGCCCCCAUGUGAGACCGCCUAGUAGUACCCCCUCCGAGGGAGAUACUGUGUACAUGUGUUACAUCCGUCCGCUGGGUGGUGCAGUGGGGCCAGGAAGACCCGAAUUCAAAUCCUGCCUCACUCAUUAGCUGCAUAGCCCCAGGCAAGUCAUUCAUCCUCUGUGGCCCUUGUUGGGAGGGUCUAAGGAGAGGUUUGUAAAGGUGCCCACCACACAGUAGGCGCUCAAUACAUGCUUAUUCCCGCCCUCCCCGAGGGAGCGCACAGUAGGCCCUUUGUAAGGGCUCCUUGAACGAGUGGACUGCCGCCUCGGCAUACAGUAGGUGCUUACUAAAUGUUCGUGCUGCACAGCCUUGUGUUCCGGAGGUAGGGUGAGAAUCGGUGCCCAAGGCCGCAGGACUGAUCCGUUUGGCUUGGGGCGCAUUGAUUGGUUGGUUAAUAGGAAGUGACAGAGAGUGAACCGGAGUCUGCGUGUGAGGGAAUAGGCAGUUAUUAAGCGCCUGCUGUGUGCCCGCAUGCUGCGCUAGAGGCUCUGCGAACAUCCCGUUGGGAUCUGUGGACGCCCAGCCCGGGAGCCCCUUCCUGCCCCGGCCCCUCCUUGGCCUAGUUCGCACCCCGUGGAAGAUGACAGCUGCCAUUUCCACCCUCCGUGGGUUAGGGCAGGAAGGUCUGGUCUCUGUGUCCCCAGAGCCGUGGAAGCCCAGAAGAAACACAUGCUGUUGACCGAAGGCGCAGACCCCUUCCUUUUGCGUCUGUAUUCCCAGGGCUAGCCUGCCUCGGCUCGCAGUGGGCCCGGCGGUGGAGUGAAGGAGGGAGGGAGGGAGUGGGCCAACGAAUGGACAGAUAGCCCGUGAGUGACCACAGAGGGUGAGAAUGCUACCGAGUCAGCUGAGCCUCCCGGGAGAAGCUUCUGCGCUCCUGACAAGUCAGCCCCCCCCCGCAGUCUGCAGGAAAGACGCGUCCGGAGUGACUGUGAUGAGAGGAGGGGAGACGUGAGCGAAGGGCCGGCCAGGAAGAGGCCAGGGGACGCAGACGGGCCCGGUCACGCCUCGGGGGAGCUUGGGGACGUCCUUUCUCAGGGCCUCGGUCUUCCCAGCCUCAGGAAUCCUCCGUGAGGAGGCUUGUGACUGUGUCGUGGCCUCCCCCGACUCCGUGGGGGGCUCUCAAAGGCUGGGCCACUGGAGGGGAAGCUGGCCCAGCAUCUUCUACCACGUCUGUGAGGACAGCUUCCAGGGCAGGCCCAGGGUGGACUGGGCCACGGAAGGGCCUGUCUAGACUCCUCACGAGCUCCUUCAGCCCAUCUUUACAGAGUGUAGACUUGAGGCUCUUCCCAUCCUGACUGCCUGCCUUGGGGCACAGACUGCCUCCUGAGGUGCACUUGGGGGCCUCCGUGCAGAUGGAAGCAGGGGUCCUUGACGUGUUAGCCUUACCUCGACAGAAGAGGCAUGGCCAAGAGUAGAACAUACAAGGAGGAUCGUACCUGAAGCUGGGGACUUCUCGCUUUUCCAUUAAUUUCAUAGCUGGGGUGGUGAUCAGACAUAACAGCACAAGUUACAAAUCCAUCCAGAUGCACAGAAAGUCAGCGCCUUGUUAUGUACAAAUGACAAUGAGCAAAGCCCAGUGAUUUCUGCCACAAUUCUCCAAUAAAUCCCACAUGUUCCCAGCAAAGCCGGCCUGUUUGGCUCAGGUUAUUUCUGACCUUCUCUGCUAUGCAUUUAAAAUUUUCUGAACUUGAAGGAAUCUUAGAGAUCUCCUGGCCUAAUAUCCCCAUCAUACAGAUCAGAGGACGGAGCACCUCAUGCCGGGCUCUCCAAAGUGAGUCUCUGUGGGAUGCUGUCAGCCGUCCCCCGCACCUGGAGCCAGAGUGCCUGAGCACCGUGGAACUGCCCCAGAGCCCGCGAGAGAAGACGCGCGACACCAGGAGCAGAGAUGCCGCUCAGCAUGGGAAUGCUGGAGCUCAUCAACUUCAGUGCCAUCCCCAUGGUCCCCCUUGACGAUGACCUGGCGACUUCGUCCAAGGAGAAGCGCAUACAGCAUGAAGAGCUGAAGAUGCGAGUGAAACAGAGCCCUCCCUUGUGCCUCAUGGGCUCCAUGGACCAGCUGAAUAGAAAGAUCUCCCAGAUAGACCUGAAGACCAGACUGUACAAGACCAGCAUUUACAACACCAUCCUGGUCAUCGAGAAACUGGAGGCAGAGAAGAAACUGAGAGAGCAGCAGCGCAUCUUGGGAGAAAAAGACAGGGCUAACAAAACCAAGAAGAAGUCGCCUGAGUUUUUCCCGCUGACUCCGUCGACUUCAGCUGUUCCCUAUGCUGGGUCGAAAAAGAAAACUCAGGACGGGCUAGCCGAGUUGUACCAGGCCCCGGAGCACAACGCGGAGCUGCCCAGUGAGCUGCCAAACGGGGUGAACUACUGUGACAUGGUGGGCAACGUCAUCCGGGCACAGGGAAACCCCAUCAGUGGCAAGGCCUUCUGUGCACCAGAAGAAAUGAACAAAUUCUUUGCAUCUCCAUUUUCCAAGGCUAUCGUGCUAGACUGUUUCUGGUGGAUCUUUCAUGAAAGAUAUGAUCCAAACAAGGAGAUCCAGAGAAAGCUAUUUGACCGAGUGUCAAAGAACUAUGCUUAUCUCCUGAUGGACAUCCCCAGGUCAUUGUACGAAGAAUUCAUUCUACAAAGUUUUCCAUCCCUCCUGAGUCAAGCCCUGUAUACCAGCUUCUGCACCUGCUUCCCACAGUCAUGGUUCGACAAUCACGAAUUCAAAUCUUCCAUCUGUAACACAAUGAAUCAGUGGAUUGGAGGCACGUUCCCAAGCCCAAGGAGCUACGUACAUUGGAACUACUUUGAGCUGGAGCCGGUGCGAUGCCGCAGAGAAGAGCUGAUGAGAGGCAAAGAGAAGCUUGAUGAGAGCAACAGGCAGAAGAUUGCAGUGCAGAUCUCCAAGUCAGAGCCCCGCUCAGAGAACCAGAGACAAGCCUCCAAGAAGGUCAGGGAGAUCACAGAGACAAGGAUAUUGGAGAGGUCAGCUCAGAACGAGUCUCACCCGGCCUGCAAGGGACCCGAGUUUUCAAGAAACCUGUUCAGCAUCACUGGCAACAGCCCGCUGAUCGUUCACUACCUUGAGCAGCAUGAUGCUUAUCGACAGGCUGGCCAGGACAUCCUGAUGGUCCGGCAUGACGUGAGCAAGACCAUGCCUGAGGGCACAGCAGCCUAUCGAGAUGUGAUCCGGCAGGUCAGGGCUAACAUGAAGAAACUGAGCAGGGACACCGAGUACCUACAUAAGGUGCACUGGAAGGAGUGGAAGAUAUUUGACCAGAGCCAGAAGGAUCUGCAGGCCGAUUUUGUCAGGAAAGUGAGAGAAGUCAACACCAGUGCAUUAGAAAAGAAGAAGAUGAAUCAGCAUGUCAUCCCCCCUCCAGUUUCCCAGGAAGAACUUUAUGAUCAAUUUGGAAAAGUCGUCGAAAUGGAAAAAGUGCAUUACAAGGCUGCACACAUAACCCCCCAGCUGAAAAUGAGAAGUUAGGCCUGAGACUGUGAGUUAAGAGUCACUAACCCUUCGUGGUUCCUUCGGCCGAGCACAUUAAAGUUGGGCCCCAUCCAGGGCCAUGGAGGCUGAGUGCUGGGGGUGGAGGCUUUGGGAACGUGGGAGGAAUCCCACAUCUUCAGCUCGAGGGUGUUCUGAGCUCAGGCCCAACACUGAAGUGUUUAUUUUAAAACUCAGUAGAUUCAAAAGAGAACUUGUUUUCCUUCUCAAGCCCAUGCUUUCCUUCCCAGACCUCCCAAUUUCUGUUGAGAGACGCACCAUACUCUUGGUCACCCUGGGUUGUCCCAGUCUUUCCUCUCACCUUCACAUCCAGCCACAUCCUGUGGAUUUCACCUCUGAGUUACCUUGGACACCCACCCCCUUGUUCAGCUUUGUCACCUCUGUCCUGGCCUGUUGUAAUGACCUUCAUUCUCUCUCCUCUCCAGCUUAGCCUUUUAAAACAUCGAUGGGUUUUCUUCUGAUACCAUGUUUUGAUGGCUAGAUCCCAUUCAGCAGACAAGGAAAGUUGCUACAGAGCACGUUCCCGGAAAGCCAGUGGGCCACUCGGGACUGCCUCGAUAGUCCAUGGGAUGCUCUGGUUUUAUAAUUCAACAGAAAGGAAAGGUGUGUGUGUGUCGCCUGUCACUUGAACUUUUACCUGUCAGUGCUGACUCUAUUUGCCUUAUUGUAGUCAUUGUGUAUGGUGGUUUUCUUAGCUUUCUCCACCAGGCCUUCCUUCCUUCACCUUGAGCUGUCUGUCCCCUGUGCCUCUGACUUCUUCCUUUUUGUCAUUCUUGAAGGUAUAGCGAUUCACGACAUUCCACAGAGCAUACUUUGUUCCAUCAUCCCUCAAUUGUGGGGCAUGUGUUUUCUUCUCACAAAUAAUGCUGCUAUGAACAUUUAUUUGCAAAGGCGUCGUUUCCUUUUUUUUUAUCCUUUUUUUAAAAGUUACUUUAUUUUGAU